UUUCAUCGAGCACGAGCUCGUGAUGUUCAUGGUGGAGCCGGAUGCGGUGAAGAAGGCCAUCGGCGGAAAGGGUGCCCGGAGUCCGAACGGGUUUCUCGGAGUUGUUUCGUCGUCAUCUCGCACGCGAGAGGGUCUUGCCGUCAGAGUCAGCAUCAACAUGGUCAAGCUCCACCGUCCGCAGGACCGCGCCAUGUACAUUAUGUCGCUCGGAUCCCUGAGGCCCACGUUGAGGGAGUACGAUUCCGUCACAGGGCUGGGCAGGGUCAUGCUUAGGGCCAACCUACUCACCGGGAAGCCUGGCGAGUCUACGGGAAACCUGGUGGACAACCUCGGGCUGCCUUUCGUCCAGUGGCUCGAGAACAAGUUCAACUCGUCUCAGAAGAAGGCCAUUGAAGAAGGUGCUAACAGCCAGGGCUUCACGCUCAUCAAGGGUCCCCCAGGAACAGGCAAGACGACGACCUUGAAGGCCCUUCUCAACGCGCUUCAUCAGCGCGAGUAUAACCGGUACUAUGACAAGCUGCUACAGCUCGCUAGGGUGUCUCCUGAAGAGACUCCUGCCGCAUGGGAGCGACUGAAGAAUUUUGCCCCGCACAUCUUGGUGACGGCUCCUUCAAACGUGGCAGUGGACAACAUCGUUUCCCGCAUCCUCGAAGAGGGGUUUCUAGAUGGCAACACGAACCGGUACAACCCUUCCAUGGCUCGCGUUGGGACGGGCAACAUCGGCAGCCAGGUGCAAGCCGUCCACCUCCAGUCGCAAGUGAGAGCGGCGCUGGGACAGACGGUGCAGGAACUGAGCGAUCGUCUGGGGAGGGUGAGCAUGAGGAUGAUGGAGCUCCGCGAGAUGAUCGGCAGGUCGCUCGAGCUGCUGAGGGUUCUCAUAAAGGGGGUUGAGCACGAGGUUCCCCGAGGUUGGGAGGCUAGGGUGGACCGCAACACCUUCACGGCCUUCUUCGUAAACCACGACAAUCAGACGACCAGCCUCCAGCCUCCCGAGCGUCCUGCUCCCGAUAGCGGCAUCGAGACCGUGGCUGUGGAAUCCAUGCCCGAAUACACGACGUACGCGUUUCACCUGACGAGAGAUCUCGAGGAGUACGAGCGGCUCAACAAGGAACACAAACGCCUCACGUUUGCUGCCCGAGCCAAGACGGAAACACGGGAGCACUCGGUGCGGCAAAGCCUGGAAGUCACCCUUCUGGACGAGGCCCACCUGGUGUUCAGCACGCUCAACUCUUCAGGGCUACCGUGCAUGGACCAGACAUCUCCGUUCGAGGUACUGGUGGUGGAUGAGGCCGCGCAAUCGGUGGAGGUCUCCACAAUCAUCCCCCUCCGGCUAGGGUGCAGGCACUGCGUCCUAGUGGGUGACCCAAACCAGCUGCCGGCGACAGUGUUCUCUCAGGGUGGGAAAUUGUCCCAGUACGACCGAAGCCUGUUCCAGAGGCUGGAAGCGAACGACCACCCCGUUCAAAUGCUGGACGUGCAGUACCGCAUGCACCCUACCAUCUCAGCCGCAACGUUCUACGACGGCAAGCUGAAGGACGGUGGGAACGUAACUAUGCCGGCCUACUCCCGUGCCUUCCACACGCACCCGAUCUUCCAGCCGUUUAUGUUCUUCGACCUCACUACGGGGGAGCAGACGAGGAGGGGAGGGGGCGGCUCUCUCAGCAAUCCCAUGGAGGCCAUGCUCGCGGUCAACGUGUACGUGACGCUCAAGCGGUCCUUCGGCGGCGCCGGCGAGAGGGGGUCCGGUGACGAGCACGGCAUCGCGGGGAGGGUCGGCGUGAUAUCGCCGUACGCGAAGCAGAUCAAGGUCCUCAAGGAGAAGUUCGAGGAAAGCCUAGGGCGCGGGUGGCACGAACAGGUGGAGAUCAGCACCGUGGACGCCUUCCAGGGGAGGGAGAAGGACGUGAUAAUCGUAUCCACCGUCCGAGCGGCAGGAUCUCGCGGCAUCGGUUUCCUCGCCGAUGUGCGGCGGAUGAACGUCGCCCUCACGCGCGCCAGACACGGCCUCUUCGUGGUGGGCUCCGCCGAGGCGCUCUCCGUCAACCCCAAGUGGAAGGAGCUCGCCGACCUUGCCGAGCGCAGGGAGGGGCUGGUCAAGGUCACAGACCCGAGGUGCGACCUCCUGAGCCUCAAGCCUUACUCCAGAUCGGCACCGCCGUCCGGCAACGGUGACGGUGCCGGUGCCGCCGCUGCCGCUGCCGCUGCCGGCGCCGGCGGCGCUAGAAACAGCAGACCUGCUUCUCGUUGUUCAAGGACGCGAUCGCCCACGCCGCCGCCGCCGCGACCGAAGUCGAAGCCGCGCCCCCCCCGCGGGCCGAAGCCGGGUUCGUCGCUCGCGAAGUCGGCACCACGGGGGGCGGGCGCCAACAACGACGACGACAGCCGCAAACCGCCCGCGCCAACGCUGCUGCCGUUCGCUUCCACGCCGACGGACAGGGGAGGGGCGGGGGCAGGCGAUGGGGGUCGUGGUCCGGUAGUAGGGCCCCGGGAUGGAAAAGGGGGGCAGGCUGUCUCGCCGCCGCCGGCUGUGGAAGCUUCUGGCAGCGGUGGGGGAGGCGUUCUGACGACGGCGCUUCCUCUCCCGUCAUCCGGUGGAGGCUCGCUGCUGCUCCCGCUACAAGGAAGCGCGCCGGGAGCUGCCGCCGUCAGCGGUGGUGCCGCCGCGGCCCCGGCCGUAUCGCCAGACUCAGAUAGCAAAGGAGGGGCCUCGGGGACCGUGUUGUUGCCCCGAUCCCCGCGGAGUUCUCCUGACGCUGGGGAGAGGAGUGGAUAUGCCGCCGGGUCGAGGGUGAUGGUGGAUGCUCGUGGCCCCGAAUCGGAGAAGGCUGGAGAGGCAGUGCCAGUGCCAACGACGUUUCGUCCACCGCCACCGCCCCCGAGGUUGGCGUCGCCGGCACGGCAAGUCUCACCGCGGUCGCCGACAACCCCGGCGCUUCCGGAAGCUGUAGGAGCAUCGGCAGCAGCAGCAGCAGCCUCGGCAACGCCGCAACUGCAGCCCCCGCCCCAGCCGCCCGCUAAGUCGCCUCUAAAAAAAAACGACGAAUCGAUGACAACACCGGCGACGGCGACAUCCCCGACAACGAGCAACGCUGACCCCCGUCCACGCAGCCCUCGACAGGGCGCGUUGGCCGAUCCGCGAGUCGCUUCCAAGGCCAAGCAAGCCUCAACCUCCUGCCUUUCUUCCCCCCCCAUUGGAAAGAAGAAGCCCAAACCUCCCCCCCCACGGAAAAAACCGGCGAGCUCCGCUCCCGGCACCGCUAAGGUCGAACCUCCGGCGUCUCCCCCAUCUACGGUAGCGUCGCCGACCGCCGCCGCCGCCGGUAUCAAGCCGCGUGACCCCCGACGGCCGAAGCCGCCGCCGUACCCCCGCCCCGAAAAGCCCAAGCAGCAGCAGCCGCCACCGCCAAUCAAGGUCGAGGAAACGAAUGUAGAGCCUGUGGUCACCGCGUUGCCCCCGCCACCCCCCCCACCGCCGCCGCCACCGCCGCCGCCACCGCCACCGCCGCCGCCGGUGCUGUGCGCGCAGCGUAUGUCACCGCCACCGGUAGUGGAUGCGGCCGUGGCGGCAACAGUGGCGCGAAGCUCGCCUCCUCCCCAAGCGCCACGCUCGCCUCCACCCCUAGACCCGAGAAAAAGGGAGAGGGGGAUUGCGACGGCGGUGGCUGGUGCUGGCAUCGGGGGCGGUGAAGGGGCGGCGGUAGUGGCGGGCAGUAGGAAGAGGUCGAGGACAGAGUACGGGGAAGGGGGGGCGGAUCAGAACCAGAUUAACAACAGCAGCAACAACGUCUUGGGCGCGGAGAACGGGAUCGGCGGCAGCGUCCUUCCGCCAGGCUUGCCCGCAACAGGUCACCCGCAGGCGCAGAUCGUCCUUUCCGGGCUUGUUGGCACCGGCGGUAUGGGCUUCGUUACACAUCAGGCCGGUGUCGUGCCGGACAAUGGGGGUGCCCCGGUGAAUGGGCCAGGCGGGAUGGGGAUGGGUUCGUGGACGGGAGGCGGCGUGCCGCAAGGAGGUGUGCAACACCCGCCGCCAGCUGGGAUGACUGUGCUGAACCCCCAGGCAGGAGGGUUGGUGACGCAAUCGCCGCCACCGCCACCGCCUCCUCCCCCGCCGCCGUCGUCGCCGCCCGCGGCGAUCGUCCACGGCCACCCAGCUCCGCCGGGUGUGAUGAUGAUGCAGCAGGGAGGAGGUGCGUUGCAGACCCAUCUUUCACCGGUUGCGGUGCAGCAGCAGCCCCCGGCGGCGGGGUGGCUUCCUUCUGGGGGGCCGGGAUGGCAGGAAGAGUCGGCGGGUGGGAUGCCUGAUGAGAUCGAAGAAGGGGUGGAGGAGGGUGGGGAGGAGGAGGAGGAGGAGGAGGAGGAGGAGGAGGGAGAGAACGACAGCGAAGAAGAGGGGGAGAUCGUGCUUUGAGGCUUUGGCUGAAUGGUUAGUGUGAAUCCAUCGAAAUAGCUUGUGCUGUGCUGUCCUGAAACCCAGCUUGUUGCCUCGAGCCCGCAUUCAUACCUCUGACUAGGUUAACGCUCGAGGCCAGUAUUUACUGCCUGUUCAUGAUCGGGAGAGAUUGAUCACUCGUUUCCAGUCAUUGCUUUUUUUCUUGCGCGUACUAUUGGUCUUGUCGCGUUCCUGCAUGUUCUAUGUUGGUGACGAUUUCAGUGGUGUAGGCCAUCGAUUGAAUCGAUUGCUCGGCGCCCAGUGGCGUAGUCCAGGUGGUGUAAAUUCGUAAUGCGAUGAAAUGUCAACCCACCAAACACGACUUUGAGACGGCCCCCCCCACAGGAUUGAUGUCUCUUGGCCUCGGCAUGCGGUGUUCCCCAAGUCUUGGUCCAGUGGUUGUUGUUUCACUUCAUGAAAAAUGCGUUCUUAUUGUCUCAGCACGUUCAUCUACACCGCCUCUUCUAGUGUAUUGAUGUUGUGAGUACCUUCUUGCUGUGCCCUGGGCCGUGGCGGCAGUUAACUUCGGUCCUUUGACCACCAAGAUGAUGGCAGGAGCGUGCAUGGUGCUUACAUGGGAGUUACACAAAUUGGGUUCACUGCUGUUGUAUGCAUAGGUGUUUCGUGCUUGACGGACAGCGCACAAGGGUCUGCCGUCCGUCGCAUCUGUUCCAGCCUGCAGGGAAUUAUUCAAUGACGUUCUUUACAUCUCCUCUCACGAUGGGGGGGAAGCAAGAGGCUAGCUGUAUGCUUUGACGCCUACGACUCGUUGUAGGCAUACGUUCCCGUCGGGCAUUGUAGUUUUCUGUCAUGCGUUGUCGUCGUGGUCAUCUGCUUGGGUGUAGAGCAAGGUGGAUCUGUUGAGCGCAAGGUGUGAUACUUGUGAGACAUAUAGAUAUGUGUGUGCUUUGCUCUUCUGAGAAGCUGCAAGUGUUCCGUGGUGGAAGGCUUCAUGCACAAGGUGUGGUGGCGGGCGCAAAGGUGUGAAUCGUGUUGGACCAGUCCCGUCUGAGCUCAACCUGCAAAGAUGAGCGGUCGCCUUCAGCUAUUGCCGCCCAAAAUUAGAUGUUUUAUUCUCUGUCCGUGUUCUUUGCGAUGACUGUAU